AUUCACGUCCCCCACCGUACGGUGACGGUAGUGGGAAAAGGAGGAGAAAGGGGGGAGCUUUCUCUGUUGUUAAUGGCUGUAACGUCACUGUCUUUCUCCCUACCUCACUAACGUCCUCCUCAUCCUUUUGUUACGCUCCACCCAAUUCCAUUAACAGUACUGGGUCAAAAAAGUUGAGAGGGAGAGGGAGAGGGAGAGGGAGAGAGCAUAAGAGAGCGAGACAGAGCACUUGUUCUUAUGAUGGAGCCACUACGAUCACCAUUUACUCAGGUGGUUUGUUGUUGAAAUCAUCAAACACUUUGAUUCCUUCCGAAUUUCUACUCAAAGUUGGUAUCUUUUUUGCUUCUUUCUACCAUGGAUUGCGAAGAGAAGGAACCCGGUCCCCCCUUUCGGGCGAAAAAGUAAAAAAACAAAGAGGGAUUUUGUUAGUGUUAUGUUACUGAACUGAUAGCUUUGCAUACCUCUUCCUGAAAUAAUGAUGGGUUCAUGUUCUUUUUUGUAGUCCAUAUUGUGAUUUUUAGAUGAUUUGAUUUUCUGGGCAGUUGGUUUCAGAGAACAAGUGAAUAGCGUAGUGAUCUAGUGGUUAAAAAAAAAAAAACAUUUUUUCCCCUUUUUUGAGCAUAAACUAGUGCAGGAUUUUCUUAUAGAUGUUUUUUGGUAUUUGUUGUUUUAACUCGUUAUCAUCUCGAGCCACAGGGAUUAAGUACUAGAAAAGUUUGUUUUCAAUGGCAAAUUUUGCAUAUACAACAAAAGUUACUUUUGUUCAUUUAUGCGAAAGAAGUGGAACUAGUUAACAUAGUGGGGUUAUAUUUGCUACUCAAAACUGGUGCUGUGCUUUAGAAAUCACACCCUCCCGAAUCAUUGGCAUGUUGUUUGUGAAAAUGAUCUUAACUUUAAAGGUGGGGCAGGAGGUCUAUCAAAUUGUACCCUAUGUAACUUCUUUAAUCAAGUUCUCGUGGUUGUCAAAUUUGGUUAUCCAAAAAUGUAAUUGUCGUUUCAUCGUAGUUUCUUCUCAAACUCCGUCAUCUAAUCAGGUCGAUCUUUUCCUUUGUUAGUUCAAGUGUUCUGUCCUCUCAACUCCCUUUCAGUAGCGGUGAUUGUCGUGCCAGUCAACACGUUCUGGCAUGGCCAACAUGUGCCGCCCAUUCCACCUUGCAGCCUCUGUUGAUAAGCUCGUGCCAACUGUGCUGCCAUAUAAAAUACGGUGUGUGUGGAGGCGUGUUGGCAUGCCGUGCCUUGCCACUGGCACAACAACAUGCCCUGUGCGAGUGGCAUGGAAAUCCUUGCAUGUACUAGUAUUUGUAACUUGUAACUUGGGUCAAGCCAAGCUAGGUUUGGAUGACUCCGUUUGUUUUUAAUCGUGUAUCUUUUUUUUUCCCAACUGGGUUCCAACUACUUCUAUUUCUUGUUUUGUUCUUUUCAUCCAUUCCCUCCCCAUGCCAUUUGUGUCCAUAGCUGUACCUUUGAAGAAGACAAUAAUUGGUUAUUGAACAACUAAUAAUGCAUGGCUAUCGUGUUGGAAAUUUUAGAAGAUGUUCCAAAGCUGCUUUUAAUGAAUGGAGAGAAGUCGAAAACAUCUGGUUUGGGAGCUUGGAUUUAGGUCUUCAAAAAAAAAAGGUGCUAAUUUGGUGAUAAAAAAAAUGCUUGAUUAAUUUUAUUCCCUCCAGGACGAAAAGAAAUAUCUAAUCUGUUGAUGGAUUGACAAUGGAUCAUCUACACGGCAGAUAGAGUGGACAAAUUUAUGCUUUGAGAGGCUUGUAGGAUUGUGUUUGUGGGUUACAUGAAAGAGCGUAAAAGGGGAAAGUGAUGAAAUUUGGGGGGAGAUGCAAAUUAAAUAGAUUAAAGGGCUUAUUUUUAGGUUCUUAGCAAAUAAACGGUUAGAAAUUUGUGGCUCGCACUGAUAGCAGAUUUGCUCCAAUACUAGUUGUUAAAAGCAAAACGGUGAAAAGUAGAUCCAAAAAAAAUAAUGCAAAAAAAUAAAAGAAAAGAGUGCACCAAAAUUUACGUUGGUCGGUCACCGGCCUACAUUCAUGGGCGAAGAUGAAACAAAGACUUUUAUUUAUGUCGAAGGUGAAGUACAAAAAUUAUCUCUUGUAAAAUACCUAAUCUCACUUGCAUCCAAAUGUCGAAAUUCGCAUUCGUAUCAAACUCCGAAGUGGCUUGGCUCUUCGUCCAAUGUGCACUGCGGCUAUGCCACCGCAAAGCGCCUGAUGACGUUGCUACCUCGUGUAUAAACCAAUAACAGUUGGGCUUAAUUAGCUCAAUAUAAUUAGAGCGUUUUUUACCUAAUUUAUAAUUUAUGUCAACCAACUACUCAUGACAAAUAUUUUCGAGUCCUGGGCAGCAUGAUGCCACUGCAGCUUGACAAAGUAAGGCAUGCGUAACCAUGGGUACCACUGCUUACAAACAUAGCUGAAUCGUCCGAGAGACUUUGCAGGAAGUCUCUUUAGAAUAUCAAGCAUGAUAUUCAUCCGAAUAUGCCGGCAGGUAUCCAUUGUUGUCUUCGUGUCCAUUAACGUUUCGUGCAAACACAAAAACAAUUGGAGUUGCAGAUCCGACUAAACAUUUGGUGCUCAAAGGGAGCUAACUCUAGAUACCGCCACCACCUCUUUCUCAAUCUUGCCGUCCUUUUGGUGAGAGUAGGCUGGCGAGAGUGGGCCGAGCGCGGUUCGGACUCGAACGAAACAAGAGUAGGGAGAGUGUGAGAGAGUGCAGAGUCAAGGACGAGUGGUGUUUAGGGUUGGGAGCUCAGGCCCAAACGUAACAACAGGAAAGUAAGCACUAAAGUUCUAGUUGGAUCCGCAGCUUCGGUUGUUCUUGCGUUUGCACGAGACGGCAAUGGACAUGAAGACGACAAUGGACACCUGCCAGCACAUUACGAUGAAUAUCAUACUUGAUAUUUUGAAGAGACUUCCUGUAAAGUUUCUCGGGCGAUUCAGCUACGUUUGCAAGUAGUGGUACUCAUGAAUACGCAUGCCGUACUUUGUCAAGCUGCGUGGGAUCAUACUGCCCAGAAUUCGAAAAUUUUUAUCAUGAGUACUUGGUUGACAUGAAAUUAUAAAUUAGGUUAGAAUGCUCUAAUUACAUUGAGCUAAGUAAGCCUAGCUGAUGGUUUGUACGCGAGUUAGCAGCAUCAUUAUGUACUUUGUGGUGGCAUAGCCACGAUGCACAUUGGAUGGAGAGCCGAGCCACUUCGGAGUUUGGUACAGACGCGAAUUUCGGCAUUUGGUUGCAAUUAAUGUUGGAUUUUUUGCGAGAUAUAUAAUUUUUGUACUCUUCCUUCGAUCUUAAUAAAAGUUUUUGCUCCGUCUUCACUCGUGGACAUGGGCCAGUGGCCAAACCACGUGAAUUGCUGUCUCUUUCAUUUUCUUUUUUUGCAUAAAUUUUUCUUUGGAUCUAUUUUUCGCCAUUUCCCUUUUAACAAACUGGUAUUAUAUCAAAUUUGAUAUCAGUGUAAGUCGCGAAUUUACAACAAACUGGUAUCAGAGCCGGAUUGGUUCGUUUGGCUCAAGGUGUAGACGAAGUUUGAGAUCGAGAAGUUUGAUCUCUCUAGCAGUUUCGCUCUGCGACAAGUUGUCGUUAUGAUGCAACAGAGGUUGAAAAUGGUGUAUUUGGAGAAUGAGAAGAUUGGCAGUUCAGUGAACCCCGCAGAUUUGCUCAUUAAGUCUUUUUCGGUGAUCAAGUUCAAGUAUUUCGUAAACUUUCGCAUGUGCAGCAACACUUCAGCAGCUGUUGGGGUUUUGGUGGAGAAGACGGAGAGUUCAAGCCAAGGGUGACAAUAAUAUCAUUAAACCGGUCGAAGACCUCACAUCUUCUCACCAUGGAAAACGGCCGAAUCUUUCCAUUGAUGUGCCCCCAAGAAGUAUUGAAGCAUCUUCUAUAAAUUCUGUGAGAAUUAAUAUGCUUCCCAUACCUGGCUCCUCUUCCAGUAGUGCGUAUGCAAAAGCUCAUAAAUCACCGUCGUCAUCUUCAUCUAAAGAUAAACAACCAAUCAAAAAUCUCCUCCAAGGCCGAAGUUUCAAGUUCCGAAGUUCAUCUUUAGAAAAUGAGAGGGGCGAUGCUCAAGCUCAUGACAAGCCUUUUGCCUUGAGGACAUUAUCCUUCACAAAGAUAUUCAGCCCCAGAAUGAGAAGAACAUCAUCCCUACCACUUCGCUCUGACGAUAUAAAGGAAAGUUCUUUGCAAGGAGAUUCUGCAGUUGGUGGCAUCUCUGUGGCGAAGAAUGAGGUUGCAAAGCACAUUUCUCGGUCGCGUUCGGUUCCAUUGAAUAUGAAAAAAAUCAAUGCAAAAAGCUUCAAGAGAAUGGAUUCACUUGGCGGUGUUUUUCGUGUAAUUCCUUCCACACCUCGAGGGGUAGGCAUGAGUGGUACUAUUCCAGAUGUCAUCGUCGCUGAAUCUGAGACCGGUGAUGAUGGGGAAGAAAUUCCUGAAGAAGAGGCUGUGUGUCGAAUUUGUAUGACCGAAUUAUCUGAAGGUAGUGAUACUCUCAAACUUGAAUGCAGCUGCAAAGGCGAACUUGCUCUAGCCCACAAAGAUUGUGCUGUUAAAUGGUUUAGCAUAAAGGGCAGUAGGACUUGUGAAGUUUGUAAUCAGGAGGUUCAGAACCUUCCUGUUACUCUCUUACGGAUCCAAAGUGUUCGUACAACAAAUACGCACGCUGUGACUACAGCUCGUCAAGCAACAUAUUAUCAAUUGAGAUCGUGGCAUGAUAUUCCUAUCCUUGUCAUCGUAAGCAUGCUCGCCUACUUCUGUUUCUUAGAAGAGUUAUUGGUUGCAGACAACGGUACUGCUGCUCUAGCAAUUUCUGUACCAUUUUCUGCCAUUUUGGGACUUUUUUCAUCAAUGACUUCUUCAGCAAUGGUGAUGAAAAGGUUUGUUUGGAUCUACGCGUUCAUUCAGUUUCUUCUGGUGGUUUUGUUUGCCCAUCUGUUCUACUCAUUUAUCCAUAUGCAAGCUGUUAUAUCGAUCAUCCUUGCCACAUUUGCUGGAUUUGGUGUUGCAAUGUGUGCCAAUUCUAUUAUCAUCGAACUGCUGAGGUGGCGGAGAAGGUGCCUCAGAUCUCGAAACCAUCUAGAAUCCCAAGAGAUUGUACAACUUUCAUCCCUUGGUGAACCACAUGAUAAUAUAAAUAGAGAAAAUGGGAUUACAUCCGAGGCUUAAAAGUAUACUGACGCAAUUGUCGGAGAUGGCUAGAUGGGUAAGUUUUUAUGAGCUUUUAGUCAGUUACAAUUUCAAUAUAGUUGCAGUAGUAAGUUGUUGUUGCAAACUGUUGUAUCUAUGGCUCAUGCUAUAAGGUUUCUGCAAUUUUGGAGUUCCUUGUAUGGUAAUAGGAGUUGUUAAUAGUGUAGGAAGUAGAUCAUGUUGUAUUCCUGCAAUAGGCUCCUGGGUUGGAUAAAACUAUUUUCUAAAUAAUUUGGUUAUACUAUAGAGUGAGCUUGUGUAUCUAAGGUCCUGAAGCUUUGUACAUAAAAUCAGUGUUGGCAUUUGUAUUGAACAUCCAUGUUGGAAGUUUCUUUCAUUCAAAUU